GUCAAAGUUUGUGUACGUGUCCGGUGCUUGGUAAUUUCCAAUCGAAGUAUUUACGUUAGUUUACUACAUAGAAGUGCUAUAUUACCGUGUUGUUGUUCAAAAUACAGUGUUUGUUCAGUAAUAACAGCCAGACGUGUCACAAGUGUUGUGUCCCACUAACACAAAUAGCGAGAUACUUCUUGCUCUAAUAGUCAGUGACUUCACUUCUUCCGCCUGACGCCAGAAUGUCUCAUCAGCGUGAACCAACCGUGGUAGGCGUAGCCAACUUCAACGCUGCAGAAGAUGCAGCCACCCUCCGCGGAGCCAUGAAGGGCUUUGGCACCGAUGAGCAGACCAUCAUCGACAUCCUGUGCUCCCGCUCUAAUGCCCAGCGGCAAGCUAUCGCCCAGGCAUUCACCCAUGAGUAUGGAAGGGACAUCAUCGAAGACCUAAAGUCCGAGCUAGGCGGUAACUUCGAAGACGUGAUCGUCGCCCUGAUGCGUCCGCCAGCAGAAUACCUCUGCAAGGAGCUGCACAACUGUAUGGAGGGCGUGGGCACCGACGAGAACACCCUGGUGGAGAUCCUGUGUACUAGGACUAAGAAGGAGAUCGCUGAGAUCGUCGACGCUUAUGAGAGACUGUACAACCGUCCGUUGGCCGAGCAUAUGUGCUCCGAGACGUCAGGAGACUUCCGCCGAUUGCUCACACUCAUCGUGACCUCUGCUCACCAGGGCGCGCGCGACGAGGAAGCGGGCGUUGACCUCGCCCGCGCUCAGGCGUCGGCUCAAGAACUGUUCGACGCCGGAGAAGCCAAGUGGGGCACUGACGAGGAGAUCUUCAACAAGAUUCUUGCCCACGAGAGCUUCGCGCAGCUGCGCGCCAUCUUCGAGGCCUACAAGGACAUCGCGGGCCGCACUAUCGAGCAGGCCAUCAAAGCUGAAAUCGGGGGCGAGCUCAAGGACGCGCUUAGCGCUAUCGUGGAGUGUGUGGAGAACGCGCCAGCCUGGUUCGCGCAGCGCCUGCGCACGGCUGUGGAAGGCGCGGGUACUGAUGACGCGGCGCUCGUGCGGAUCAUCACGAGCCGCGCCGAGAUAGACCUGGCCGCCAUCAAGCGCGAGUAUGAGCGCAUCUAUGAUAAGACGCUCGAGAGCGAUAUUAAGCAGGGCGAGACCUCCGGUGACUACAAGCGAGCUCUGGUGGCGCUCAUCUCGCCGGCGUAAGGAGGACUGGACCAGCUGUUCGACGGUUGCAAGAUCUUACGAUAUCUAUUAAUGUUUGUAGCUGUAUCGAGCUAUAUUUAGGAGAAAUGUCAAUUCAUAUUUACGUUCACUAGCUGCUAGUUCAGCAGUUAAAAAGAUUAAUAUCACAAUGCAUAUGUCGAAUGAGCAGUUACUAAGUUAAGAUUCACUGUUGUAUUUAUUUAAGGUUUAAAGUUUAUUACUGAAGUUUUUUUACCAUCAUCUAGGCCUAAUUCUCAUUUUCAUACCCUCAAUUUCUCAACUAUGAUUUUGCUCAGUUAAGCAAUAAUUUGUGUGUAAACGCCCCGAACGUAUUUAAAUGUAUAAAGAUUUUGUACUGAAUGAUUGGACAUCACAUAAUUUUAAAUUUAAAAAGUAUUUUACCUUUUUAAGUGAUUAACUUGGAUUUUUUUUUUACCUUUUGAACGCCAUACGGUGCAUCCAUUUGCCGUGCCACUGACGCCACGGGGGUAAAAUUAUUGAGUGUUGUGGAUAAAUAAUACCAACCUAAAAGUGGGGUGUUUUUCAGUAGAUCGUCAUCAAAAAACGAUGGACGGCAAUUGCCGUCGGUGGCGUUCAAAAGGUUAAUACAAGCUUGAGUCUUCGUGAUGCGCUAAAUGUUAGUAGUUUAUAGUAUUUUAUAUAAAUAUUUGUUACAAUCUGCAUCGAAUGUCGAAAGUGUACCUUAUAUAUAGUUCGCUGAACGAAUAACUAGAAAGCAGUGCCUUGGAAUUGUUGAUUUACUCAAAUUAUAGUAUUAAUUAAUAUAUGUACAUUUAUAUUGUUAUUGCAAUGAUAAAUUUUAUUGUUUCGCGCAUUCCAUCCUUGUUUGUGGAGUUACUAGAUAUAGUUAACCUAUUAUUUCACCUCGAAUACAUUUUAAUUGUAUGUGUA